AUGGCUCUCUUUGUGCGCCAGGUCCUUACUCUGACCCUCAAGAAUCUCCUGGUUGCUUUUGUCCGGCGCUGGUUCUCGACCACUAUUCGAGCGUUCCUCUUGCCUUGCAUCUUCGUCGGCUUUCUAUCUUACGCGCGCUUUCUAUUCAUUCCUCCCAGCGUAUAUGGUAUUGGUGACCCCACCCCAGUUCGAAGUCUAUCUGAAGCGCUUGACCUGGUCUCUGGCGGCAGAGAUAAGCUCGUUUUUGUCAAUAGCGGGUUCUCGGGCGGCGCAAUUCAAUCCGUCAUUGACAGGGUGGUGAAUGAUACUGGGUCGUUUGGUGGUCGAGUCGAGAUCCUGUCCCAAGAGGAGGAGCUGUUGACCGUCUGCCGAAACUCAAUCAGGGGAACUUCGUCAUGCAUAGCAGGUGCUGUCUUUUUCUCCUCUCCCUCCGAAGGAGAGGCUGCUCGGUGGAAUUACACCAUCCGUGCAGACGGCGGGCUCCAGUCUAAGAUUGUGACGGACUCCUCCAAGAACGAUGUCGAGAUCUACUUGCUUCCCCUCCAACAUGCUAUUGACCGUGCCAUCUCUCAAGUCGAAGCCGACAACCACGGGGCGACAAUUCUUCCCGAUACAGCAGAUGAAUAUCCUUACACUUCCCUGACGAAACAGGAGCGCCUGAAGCGUAUCCGGACCCGAUAUAUGGGAGGGAUCAUCGACAUCCUAGCUGUCGCCUUCUUCAUCGGCGUUGUCGGCGUCACGUAUCAGCUUACCGGGGUGAUUGCUUCGGAGAGGGAAAACGGCAUGGCUCAGCUGCUUGACUGUAUGAUGCCGAAUCUGAAGCGGUGGCAGCCACAGAUGGCACGAAUUAUCGCCAACCACCUUGCAUUUGACCUACUCUACGGCCCCGGUUGGAUCAUCAUGGCAAUUAUCCUCUGUGCAGGCGUCUUCAGCAACACUUCACCAGCUAUCGUCAUCAUAUUCAAUAUCUUAUCCGGCUUGUCGAUGUCAUCAUUGUCAAUCUUGGGUGCCGCAUUCUUCAAAAAGGCUCAACUCAGUGGAAUUACCUCUGUCAUUGUAAGCCUCUUACUCGCCAUCGUCGCCCAGGUCGCCAGCAAAGCAGGAACAACAUCUGUCGCCAUACUCUCUCUCCUUUUCCCACCAAUGAAUUAUGUAUACUUUACGAUCUUUAUGGCUCGCUGGGAGAGACAGGACCUUGCCACGAAUCUGGUGAAGCAAGCGCCAGAGAAUACCUCUGCUCUACCAGGUAUUGCUCUGUGGAUCUUCUCAAUAAUUCAGAUUUUUGUUUUUCCAAUCCUUGGUGCUUAUGUGGAGCGCACGCUCUAUGGCACAGCGUCGGAAAGUCGAAAGACCAUAUAUUCCGAUGAUCUUAGAGCCAUCUCAAUGUCAGGCUUCACCAAGGAAUAUGUACCUUCAUGGUUGGCGAGGCUUCGCGCGAUAUUCACUAGGAAACGACUCACGACUGUACUUGCCGUCCACAACCUGACCUUGGAUGCGACAAGAGGUCAAAUAGUGGUGCUACUCGGCGCCAAUGGUAGUGGGAAGUCCACCACUUUGGAUGCGAUUGCCGGCCUCAAUUCUAUCACCUCCGGAGAGAUCACCGUCAAUUUUCCCGAGGCAUAUACUGGACUAGGAUUUUGUCCUCAGAAAAAUGUGCUGUGGGAUGACCUCACGGUGGAAGAGCACGUCCGCAUCUUCAACAGGAUCAAGAGCCGGAGGUCCUCUUCGAAAGAAGAUAAUCUGCAACUCCUGGCUUCGUGCGAUAUUGACCGAAAAGCCGGUGCCCGUUCAAAGACAUUGUCUGGGGGCCAGAAGCGGAAGUUGCAGCUGGCCAUGAUGUUCACCGGAGGAUCGCGAGUAUGUUGCGUAGAUGAGGUGUCCUCCGGUCUUGAUCCUUUAUCCCGGCGAAAGAUCUGGGAUAUUUUGCUUGCUGAGCGGGGGGCAAGGUCCAUCAUUCUGACGACACAUUUCCUUGAUGAGGCUGAGCUCCUUGCCGAUCAUAUCGCGAUACUGUCAAAAGGUAUUCUGAAAGCUUCGGGAACCUCGGUGGAGCUGAAACACAAACUAGGCUCGGGAUACCGAGUCCAUGUUUACCAUACCCACGGGUCUCAGCAGCUUCCGACGUACAAGGAUGUCAAUCAUGUUCGACGGGAUGACCAGACGAUUUACGCAUUGACGGACUCAGCAAAAGCAGCAGACUUUCUUCGUCGGAUCGAAAGUGCAGGCGUUGGGGAGUAUCAGGUUAAUGGUCCUACAAUCGAGGACGUCUUCCUGAAGGUUGCCGAGGAGGUCAAAUUGGUGCAGGAACAAGCUGAAAAGACGGGCGCCGAUCACACCCUCCAGGAGAUUGGCAGUCACAGCAGCACCGAGAUCGAUCCUGACAACGCUGAAAAGGCAAUGUUCAGGGACGAAUCAUCAGGAGAACCUCCUCAGCUCCUGGAUGGACGUCGCAUCAGUAUGCCGCAACAAGCUCUAGUGCUUUUCUUCAAGAGAUGGGUUGUCCUUCGCCGGAACACUCUCCCCUAUCUUGCGGCACUGCUGAUUCCAAUUAUUGCUGCCGGGCUUGUCACCCUCUUCCUCCACAAUUUCCAAAAGACGACCUGCAGUCCAGCAUCAUUAGCUCUGGUAUCCGACAUUGAGUCUUUGUCCUCGCAGGUUGACUACGACAUUGUAGCAGGGCCGCGAGAUCGGCUUGUUCAGAAUGCUAUCCAGCUUUUUGCUUCUACGCUAGCAGGCAGCACGGGCGCCGCGGGAAUUGCAGCGAAUACCACAAAGUUGUUGGAAUCAAUCCAUCUGGUCGAUACCCUCGAUGAGUUCAACCACUAUAUCGACACCAAGUUUGCCAACGUGACGCCUGGUGGGUUUUUCCUGGGAGAUUCAACUUCACCACCCACAUUUGCCUGGCGAGGGGAUGGAAAUAUUGCGUUCUCGUGCAUCAUACAGAAUGCCAUGGACACCUUGCUGACCAACGUUUCCAUUUCAAGCCAAUAUCAAGCCUUCGACGUGCCGUGGGGUGCAGAUGUCGGGAAAGCAUUACAGUUGAUCACAUACUUUGGGCUUGCUAUGGCAGUCUACCCAUCCUUCUUUGCUCUGUAUCCCACGAUUGAGCGGCUGCGCAACGUUCGAGGCCUACACUACAGCAACGGCGUCCGGUCGGCACCUUUGUGGCUUGCAUACACAGCUUUCGACUUCGUCAUUGUCGUCAUCACCAGUUCGAUCACCAUUAUCAUUUUCCGGGCUGUCACCGACGUGUGGUAUCACAUUGAGUACCUCUUUGUGGUGUUCUUUUUGUAUGGCCUGGCCUCGACACUGUUAUCGUAUGUCAUAUCCCUAUUCUCACGGUCGCAACUGGCAGCUUUUGCCUUUGCAAGUGGUGGCCAGGCCGUGAUGUUCCUCCUUUAUUUCAUUGCUUACAUGUCCGUUCUCACCUAUUCACCGAUCGACAAAAUCGACAGGAAUGUCAAUAUCUGUCAUUUCACAAUUGCAGCCAUCUCUCCCGUAGCAAAUCUGACCCGCGCACUGUUUGUCACUCUUAAUGUUUUCUCGAUUACCUGCAGGAAUCGAGAAUUCGCUUCUUAUGCUGGAUCAAUGGCUACGUUCGGCGGUCCCAUUCUGUAUUUGAUUCUGCAAUCCUUUUUGCUCUUUGGGCUAUUGCUGUGGUGGGAUUCUGGGCCGUUCUUUCGACGUUUUCGCAGAAAGCAACAGGAAGAGGAGGUAGAGGAGAGAGAUACUGUCGAGGCGGAAGUCUCGAAUGAACUCACGAGAGUGUCCUCGUCGCAAGAUGGUCUUCGCGUUCUGAACUUGACCAAGCGGUUUGGCAAAACACUCGCUGUCAACAAUGUAACAUUUGGUGUGCCUCGGAGCGAGGUCUUCGCCCUCCUUGGACCAAAUGGAGCCGGGAAGUCGACGACGAUAUCUCUGAUCAGGGGUGACGUUCAGCCAAGUCAUCGAGGAGGGGAUAUCUUAGUCGAUAAUAUCUCUGUGAUCCGACAUCGGGCUCAAGCACGAUCUCGCCUUGGAGUUUGCCCUCAGUUUGACGCAAUGGAUACCAUGACUGUCUCUGAGCAUCUGCAUUUCUACGCCAGAGUCCGUGGUGUUAGCGAUCCUCGCCACAACGUCGAGGCAGUGAUGCGUGCGGUCGGCCUGGAGCAGUAUGCUGAUAGGAUGGCGGCCAAAUUGUCCGGUGGCAACAAGCGCAAGUUGUCACUCGGAAUCGCGCUUAUGGGCAAUCCAAGCGUCCUCUUGCUUGACGAGCCCUCGUCAGGCAUGGAUGCGGCGAGCAAGCGCGUCAUGUGGAGAACAUUGGAAUCGGUGGUCCCCGGUCGAUCUUUGGUGCUCACCACCCAUUCGAUGGAGGAGGCAGAUGCCCUCGCAACAAGAGCUGGUAUCAUGGCAGGCAAGAUGUUGGCGCUUGGUACCACUGAUUACCUUCGAAGAAAGCACGGAGACGCGUAUUAUGUACACCUCGUACAUAGUAGGGCCCCACACGCUUCGGAUGAAGACAUGCUGCGCAUCCGGGACUGGGUCCUGCGGAAUUUUUCCGAUGCAAAUAUCGAGAGCAAGGUAUAUGCAGGCCAGAUCCGAUUUUCGGUGCCAACAAAAGGGUUGUGCGCGAGCAAAGAUGGCGAAAUUAGCGCCGAGUCUGGCAUCGCGUCCCUGUUCACAGCUCUGGAGAAGAACAGAUCGGAGCUGCAGAUUGAAUACUACAGUGUCAGCCGUGCAACAUUGGACCAAGUCUUUCUCAAUAUCGUGAGCAAGCACAACGUCGAAGAAGAAGGCGGCGAAACACCCCCAGAGCCGAAGAUCAAUUUGAUCAAGGAAUUGUCACGGGUCAUCUCCCGCUCCGUGAACAAAUGA